AUGCUGGCAUGGUCUCCGAUAGCCGCCUCCUUAUGGAGACCAUCAUCAGGGAUCACUGCAACAUCUUUGAGGGCGUGGACCUCUCUCGUUGACACCGGCGGUGCCCAUGGUGCCACGGCGGAAGCCAUCGCUAAGGCGCUCCCCCACAUCAACUGCACCGUCUUGGACCUCCCACACGCGAUUGCGGGGGCACCUGCCAUCAGUAAUGUUCAGUUUGUUGCUGGCGAUUUGUUUGAGUACGUGCCACCAGCAGACGUUGUUCUACUCAAGUGGGUUUUAUGCUUGUGGCAAGAUGAAGAUGCUGUCAAGGUACUACGACGGUGCAAAGAAGCAAUAAUCAGUAGAGGUGCCAAAGGGAAGGUGAUAAUCGUCGAAGUCGUGAUAGACUCCAGCAUGUCACGGGAUGGUGUUCUUCUUAGGGAGACACAAGUUCUAUUUGAUGUCCAGAUGAUGCAUGUUGAUGGGGGCGAGCGAGACGAGAAGCAGUGGAGGGAGAUUUUCCUUGAAGCCGGAUUCAGUGAUUACAAGAUCACUCCAAUGCUAGGAUUUCGAUCCAUCAUUGAAGUGUACCCUUGA